UUAUUGCUGCUGACAAUUCUUACAAUAUGGUUUUUCAAGUAUAGACGAAUCCGAUAUGUUCAUGAAACAGGAUUGUCAAUGAUAUAUGGAUUAAUUGUGGGUGCCAUCAUAAGAUAUACCAGAUCAACUAAUAAAGAACCAUCACAAGCUUUUGCUGGAUUGAUAAAUAAGACGAUGUACUCCUCCUCCCCACCAGAAACACUGUUCAUAGAACUACCUACUGACAGUGAUUAUACUGAUAAUCAAACUAUUAAAUAUAGUUUAAGUGGAGUUGUGGAAACCACACAAUCUGAUGCUCUCCUGGAACAAACAGUUACCUUUGAUCCUGAGUUAUUUUUUAAUGUUAUGUUACCUAUUAUUAUAUUUGAAGCUGGUUAUAGUAUGAAAAGAAGACAUUUUUUCAAGAAUUUAGGUGCAAUCAUGUCAUUUGCUUUUAUUGGUACAACUAUUUCUUGUUUUGCUUUUGGGGGUGUAAUGUUUGGACUUACCAGGUUGAUGGACAUUGACUUCUCGUUGAAUAAUUGUUUCUUUUUUGGUGCUAUAAUAUCAGCUACAGAUCCAGUGACUAUAUUGGCUAUAUUUCAUGAUUUACAUGUUGAUGUUGAUUUAUAUGCUCUGGUAUUUGGUGAAAGUGUGUUGAAUGAUGCUGUAGCUAUAGUAUUGUCAGGGUCUGUAGAAAAAUAUGGCGAACUAUCAGCAGGAACAUUUGAUACAAAGGCUUUCUUUUCAGCACUUGGCAAUUUCCUGGCUAUUUUUGCUGGAGCUUUUGCCAUGGGUUCUGCUAUGGGUUGUGUAACUGCCUUAAUAACAAAAUAUACAAAAAUACGAGAUUUCCCCUUAUUAGAAACAGCGUUAUUUUUUCUCAUGUCUUAUAGUACAUUUCAAGCUGCUGAGGCUGCUGGCUUUACAGGUAUUGUGGCUGUAUUAUUCUGUGGUAUAACUCAAGCCCAUUAUACAUAUAAUAAUUUAUCAACUGAAUCAAAACAGAGAACUAAACAGUUAUUUGAACUAGCAAAUUUUUUAGCAGAAAAUUUUGUGUUUUUAUAUAUUGGUGUGUCAGUGUUUACGUUUGAGCUAGCUAAAUGGCAUGCUGGUUUUAUUUGUACUGCUUUCCUAGGUAUACUAGUGGGUAGAUUACUUAAUGUUUACCCAGUUUCAUUUUUAUUAAAUUUGGGCAGAAGUAAUAAAAUAAAGGGAAAUUUCCAACAUAUGAUGAUGUUCUCUGGUUUGAGAGGUGCCAUUGCCUUUGCUCUAGCUAUAAGGAAUACAUCAAGUGAUGCCCGACAGUAUAUGAUAUCAGCUACAAUGAUAAUAGUUCUAGUUACUGUGAUAUUAUUUGGGGGAUUUACUACUCAAAUGUUACAAUGGUUACAGAUUAGAGUGGGAGUAGAUGAUGAGUUAGAUAAUAUUCAAAUGCAAGAACCUACAAGAUCUACUCAAGAAUCUCAAGGAUCCCAAGGAUCUAAAAAAUAUGAAAAAGCCUGGCUAGUUUUAAAAUGGUAUAAUUUUGAUAUGAGGUAUAUGAAACCAUUUUUAACCAAUAGUCGACCAACUUUAAUAGAAACUUUACCAAAAUGUUGUUUACCAUUAGCAAAAUUUUUAACCACUGAGGAA